CAAGGUGACGGAAUGGCGGCCUCUGUGGUGGAUUGAGCGGGUCUGGGCGAGUUCCCAGAGGGCUGCGCGUCCUGGUUGCUCGGCGCUGUCAUGGCGGGCUUGCUGAAGAAGACCACUGGCCUUGUGGGAUUGGCUGUAUGUGAGAGUCCACACGAGAGGCUAAAAGUAUUGUAUACAAAGAUUCUUGAUGUUCUUGGACAAAUCCCUAAAAAUGCAGCAUAUAGAAAGUAUACAGAACAGAUUACAAAUGAGAGGCUGAGCAUGGUUAAAGCGGAACCAAAUGUUAAAAAAUUAGAAGAGCAACUUCAGGGAGGCCAAAUAGAAGAGGUGAUUCUUCAGGCUGAAAAUGAACUAAGUCUGGCAAGAAAAAUGGUGCAAUGGAGACCAUGGGAGCCUUUAGUGGAAGAGCCUCUUGCCAACCAAUGGAAAUGGCCAAUAUAAACAUCAUUAAAUGACUUGUGUGUUUAUGGGAAACUGAUGUAAUUAAAUAUUCUGUUGUAUUAAAAAUAUUUCCAUAUUAUUGACAUAAUCAAGAAAACUGAUACAGAACAUAUACAGGAGACUUGAUAAAAUCGUUGAUUAUGUAAUAGGGACUUGUGAAUCGGUUUUUGAUUUGUAGAGCAUUCAUUCAAAUUAUUUCAAA